AUGGCGGCCUCGACGGUGACGACGGGCACGACGGUGUAUACGAGACGAAAGGCCCAUGUGCAUACGUACAAGUGGCCAUGGAUCCCGUUUAACAUCUGGAUGUUCGCGAUGCUGCUGAGCUCUUCAGCCAUUGUGGGCAUAUUUGCCAACUUUAUCAGCAUACAAGGCUAUCUCUUGUUAGGGAUACCAUGGUACUUUCCGUACUUUGUCACCGUUGGCUCCUUUGCCAUCCUCUACGUCUUCACCCUCGUCUACCUGCUAUCCCAACAUCGACUCUUACCCGCCAUCGUCAUGAUUGGCGCCUUUCUGGUCUUCAUCCUAUGGUUCGUCGGGCUUAUCGUCGUCUCUAUCGAGCUGUGGGGACCCAAAGGCUCGGUCAACGGCGUGUGCAACCUAAGGGUGUUUAACAGACAUCCCGUGGGCGAUAACACGGAGACGCUUGCGUGGCUGCAGGAGAGAAGCAUAUGCCAAGGGUGGCAUGCCGUAUUUGCUUUUGCUCUCGUAGGCCUGCUCUGCCUGAUAUGGAUCAUGGUGAUGGCUUAUGAAGUUUUCGUGGCCUCGUUAUAA